AUGGCACCAAAGAAGAAAGCAGCAGCUCCAGAGCCAGCUCCAGUGGAGGAGGACGUGGCGAUGGGGGAGGCCCCUGCAGCGGCAGGAGAGGAGACAGCACAGGAAGAUACUGUUUCUGUUUUCGAUGAGGAGCAGCGCAUCAGAAUUCUACCGGGGUCGUCGGAUACAGCUGCGUCGUUUGAGUUCAAGAAGGAGGAUCAUACAUUGGGCAAUGCUCUGCGGUACAUCAUCAUGAAGAAGUAUGUCUAUCACACACCCUGGGCCAGAUAUGUGAGAUAUGGAGUAUGGGAUGAACUAUGGCUGAUCACUCUGAGUAGCCCUGAUGUUGAGUUCUGCGGUUACUCCAUUCCUCAUCCGUCCGAAGCAUUGAUGAACAUCCGCAUCCAGACAUACGAAGGUACAACAGCUGUGGACGCAUUAGACAAAGGGCUUCAGGAUUUAAUGGACCUGUGCGAUGUGGUGGCAGCCAAAUUCUGCGUGGCACGGGAACAGUUUGGUGCAACUCCAACUGCAUGA